AUGUCGUCAGAAACAGCUCCACCGCCCAUCUUCCAGACAGACACCAUCCCGUCCAGCAUGACUCUACCUCCGGCUACACCGAGCUCUCUGAAGCGGAAGCCAUCAGCCGACCCCUCCCCUCCUCCUCGGGAGUCUCCAAAGAGACCGCGACUGGACUCACAGAGACUGUCCACCGAUGAGACCCUAUGCUCUACAAAGCGCUACGCCGUGUACUCGCACGAUCUCCUCGAAGACCCGAAGACUGCCAGUCACCAGCUCCUCAGCGCAUCCCCCGUCUUCGAGACCACCCAAAAGGCCAUGCGUGACCACGCUACCCAAGCAAUCGAAGCGAACGUCCAAUGGGGUGCGACAAAGGAGCUCAGCACCAACCGCCUCUACGAGAUCCUGGAUAGUAAGAACCAUGUCGUUCUACGCUACGAGAUGGACAUAGUCUUCUCCGCAGGUGAAGACGCGGACGGCGUGAAACUGUGGACCCGUGCGAGCGAGCUGGAAGCUUUGCCAGUGCAGUAUGGUCUGUGUGUUGAGUAUCUCAAUCAUAACUACGACGAGGAAGAGGGAGCAGAGCGCUCCCUGGUCGUCACUUUUGGUAGUCUAGGUGAAGCCAAACACGCCAUGAAGAAGUCGGCGGCGGCGUACAUUGGCAGCUCCAGUGGAGUCAAGGUGUCUGAGAGGCGGAUUGAGAUGGUAGGGGAGGAGGGAGAAGUUCUUCGACGGUACAAGAUUGAAGAGGGGAGGAGGGAUGCACAGGGUAGGUUUAUACGGGAAGAAGAGUUGUAUCUUGAGCUGAGCGGUGUAGAGUCGACGGUACCUGCCGACCUUCCACCCGCGCCCGAGAAUGUGGAGUCGUCUGCACCGCCAUCUCCUCAGCCGAUUACUGCUCCUGCCAUUACUGCAGUCGUACGCCAAGCUACACCACAAGUCGCAUCAAACAUACCCGCUUCCACAACCUCCGAACCAGAAGCUGCUCCCGGCACACGCCGCCAGUCUGCUCGAAUCAAAGUUGAAAGUCAAGCUGCCAAGGAUAUGAAAGAAGAGCAAGCCAAGGUCGAAAUCAAGCCCAAGCCUCAGCCUAAACCAAAGGCUCCAGUUCAACCCAAGCCCCCAGCUAAGCCCAAAACGCCAGCUAAAUCCAAAGGCAAAGGCAAAGCUCCAGUCCAAGAACCAGUCGAUAAAACCCUUCACUGCACUUGUCGCGGCCAUGACGACGGCAGUCUAAUGAUCGGCUGCGAUAACGACGCUUGUCCGAUAGGGUGGUAUCAUGGUCGUUGCAUCGGCAUCUCCAAGGCGAUUCCGAAGAAUAAAGAAUGGUAUUGUGCCAUGUGUACGAAAGAGAUGGAGAACAACAAGGAUGCGGGUGUUGGAGCGGUAACUGUGAAGACGCCUGCGAAGAAGAGAGGUAGCGGUGGUGGCGUGAAGACAAAGGCGAAGGCGAAGAAGAGGAAGUAG